AUGGAGAAGAAAACAAUUCUAGAAGAACGUUUAAAGAAGUCACAACAGAAUAAAAUAUCACCAACCAAUUACAAGAAAAGAUUCUUUGUUCUGACAAAAUCAAACACUUCUGAUUAUGAAUAUGGCAAAGAAAGUGAAGGGGGGUGAACUAGGAUUGAGAAAAUUCAAUUUGUUAAGACAGUGAAUAUUGAGGAAACAAUGCCUCCUGCAAGACAGUAUUCUUUUCAGGUUAGCCAUGAAAUUUGUUACAUUUAUGUUUCUUCUUGUACUGCACCGCCUUAUCAUUUAUUUCAUCAGUCUUCAAAAUCAGAAGCGCAGAAGCCCAUCCUGCCCCCAGGGCUGCCACCAGACAAGUCAGCCCUGAAUAUGGCUGUGGCUCAAUGCAACCAUGAAGGCAGAGGAAAUUCAGCUAUCCAGCUUGUCAGAAGCAAUAAAUACUGUGUAUCACAAGAAAAUCAUUCUGACUGGUGGAAAGUAAGGGAUUUGGAAGGGGAAAACUCCAAUGUCUGCGAACUGACACUGGCAGAAGAGCAGAGUAUUGCUAAGCUCGAACCUGAACAAGAGGUUCAGAGUGAAAUUCAAGGAAAAGAAGGCACUUUCCUGGUUUAGUCUGGCUAGGCAGGAAUUUACAGAGUGUCUGUAUUCAACAAGUUAAGUAUUAAAUGUGUACAAACCCCUGAGAAGAAGCACUACAUCCAUGAAAAUUACUGCUUGGAAUCAAUUCCCAAAAUUAUAUACUACCACCAGCACAAUUUAGCUUUCUGGAAGUAUGCUGCUAGGAACUGUUUGAUUGACAGAAAACUUACUGUGAAAGUACCUGACCUUGGGAUGACAAGAGAUGUUGUGGAUAACCUGUGUAUAAAUUCUCUAGGAACCAAGUUUCCAGUGGAGUGCUCAACAUCAGAAGUUUUUCAUCACACCAAAUUUAGCAGCAAGUCAGAUGCAUGCAUCUUUAAUGUCUUAAUGUGGGAGGUGUUUACUUUGGGAAAGCAGCCCUAUGAGCUUCAUGAGAUUGCAGAAACUUCUCAAGGAUACAGACCACAGCAGGUUCCAAACAUCACCUACCAGAAAAUGGACAACUGCUGGUAUGAGAUCUUCAUCUUCUGCGCCAAAAAUUAUCCUGAUUUAUUGUUCCUCUUCGAAAUGUUGAUCAGCUGCCGUAGACCAGGACUUGUUUCUCACCAGCAACAAAGAACUGUUUUGGACAUUAUUGAUUACACCAUGAAAUGA